GAGAAAGCGAGAGAAGGAGAAUCAGUGUGUUGUCUCGUAUACGUACAUACAUAAAUACGACCCACACUGAUCCAGCACACCUAUUUUUCCCAUUGACUUCGUCUUGAUAUAAUUAUAUACUAGAAUGAUUUCAUCACACUUGCAAAUAGCGCGAAAUUGUGGAAAUACUGAACGUCACUGUUGUGAGUGCGGUACUACAAUUUAUUGACAUCAUUUCCUUUUCAGCAGAUACGUCUUUUCUGGAUAUCUGCAACAGUAGAUAUGUUUUCUUUGCUGGCAAAAAUAAAAACUGGUCUGAUGGUAAACCCAGUUGAAAUAGCCGAUGAACAGAAAGAGACUGACUAUGAAGCUGAUGGAUUCCUGUUAAUUGGAGAAACAGAAGCAGAAAAAGCUAAAGCUUAUGGUAGAAUUACAAGCGUAUCUAACAUGUCACCAAUCUAUGGUCAAAAUGCUACUGCUAUUGAAUCUAGCAAAAUGUUGAAAUCCAAUGUUGAAAAUACAAACAAAGACUGUUUUUUUGAACAUCAUACACCUUGUAAUAUAUCUCCUUUAAAUGGUAUUCCAUUCAAACUUUCACCUCAUUUAGAAAUCAUUUCAAAAUAUUUAGACUUUGAAAUUCACAGCAUUCCACAUGAAAACACUUCUCUACAGAAAUAUCACUAUGACUUUAGUUUUGAAAAAUCUUUGCUGCGAGACUUGGACCAGAGUGAUGACAGUAUCUCAUCUACCAAUUUCCUUGAACAACAAGACCUAAUAACUUUUUGAAAUCUCAUGUACCAUAUAUAUUUUAAUUUAUCAUGAAUGUUUGAAUGUAUGUGAAUACAAACAAUAUUGCUUUUGAAUGGAUGUAACUAUAUUGACUUUUAUCUUUGAAUGUAAACUAAUACACACACACACAUAAUGUGUGUGUAUAUUUAUGUAUGUAUAUAUAAAUUAUUACAGUUUGAACGGCAAUGUUACUUUUGAAUGUAGAUAAAUUAGAAAGAGAGAAAGGCAGUACCUACUAGCAUAUUCAUGACUUAUGCCAGAGUGGAAGGUAGGUAGGAGAUCUACCUGAAUGCUUACAACAGAGUGACACUCAAGCGCCAAGGGGUUGUGUUGAUGGGUUUCCAUACAUUUUCUGUCUGCUAAAUUUCACUCACAAUGAAAGCUAUGACUGAAGACACUUGCCCAAGGAUUGAACCCAAAACUGCAGUUAUGAAGUGAACUUCUUAACCUCACAGCUAUGUAUGGAUUUGUUGCCUUUGAAUCUUUAUGUAUAGGUAGUAUUGCCUUCAAUUAUUUAUAUGUGUAGGUGUGUUACCUUUAAAUGUUUAUAAUUAGAGGUAAUUUCUAUGAAAAUAAAUCAGUAUCUUCUGAACAAUAUUUAUAUUAAUGUGUGCCUGACUAAAAUAAAGCAAUAUUGUAUUUUAAUAUGA